ACCACGUGUGAUUUUUGGGAUUCGUCAUCAAAGAGGGACAGACGCUGUGCAGAAAAGAAAAUACCGGUGCUACUACAUGUAAACACUUGGACAUUUACUUCACAUGCUAUAACGCUUGUUAGCAGUAUGACAACCCUCACGAGGCAGGAUCUUAAUUUUGGGCAAGUUGUUGCUGAUAUCCUGUGUGAGUUUCUGGAGGUGGCCAUUCACCUCAUACUCUAUGUCAGGGAGGUUUACCCAAGUGGGAUUUUCCAGAAGAGAAAGAAAUACAGCGUACCUGUGCAGAUGUCCUGCCACCCUGAACUAAAUCAAUACAUCCAAGACACUCUCCAUUGCAUUAAACCACUGAUUGUGAAGAAUGAUGCUGAGAAAAUAGUCGUUGUUAUUAUGGACAAAGAGCAUCACCCAGUGGAGAGAUUUGUGUUUGAAAUGUCACAGCCUCCUCUGGUCUCUAUCAGCUCUGACACCUUGCUUUCUCACGUGGAGCAGUUGCUGCGAGCAUUCAUCCUAAAGAUCAGUGUUUGCGAUGCAGUUCUAGACAACAACCCCCCUGGCUGUACAUUUACAGUACUGGUUCACACCAGAGAAGCUGCCACUCGCAACAUGGAAAAAAUCCAGGUCAUUAAGGAUUUCCCUUGGAUUGUUGCUGAUGAGCAAGAAGUGCACAUGCGGGAGCCCAGACUGAUCCCUCUAAAAACCAUGACCUCUGAUAUUGUCAAAAUGCAGUUGUAUGUAGAGGAAAGGGCUCAGAAGGCUUCUUAAACCUUUAACUGUGAACCGCACUGAAUCCGCUUACAGUUUGACUCAAAAGAGGCAGAAACUGGCUUCCGCUAGUAACCCAGGGUUGGCAAGGAAAAUGCCUGCAGCUGCAUCAACCUUUCAUCUGCCAGAAGCAACUGCUACAGAGUGGAGACAAGAAGACUUGAAAAAUAUGUAUUUUCUUUAUUAAUCCUUACACUAGAAAGGAGUAAAUGAGUUUCAAAUGCUAAUUCUGGUGCUAAAAAAUGUAGUAUUUCUAAGCUGUACAAUGUAGUACUAUAGGUGGAGUGCUAUAGCUUUAUCUGGGCUGGCACACAAUUCAUUUUUGCAUGUUUUUGCUGAGCUGCCUGCAAGAAAGCAGUCUUGUCUGUGCAAGUGAAUGCAGUGUUGAGUAUUGUGCUUAGGUGUAAGAUUUUCUUAAUUCUUAAGGAAAUCAUUUUUUAAAAUAUAUAUCCAAUGUCCUUUCUAACCAAUAGGAUAAAAAUACUUUUUAUAAUGCCAUGGACUGCUUGUCCAGUAUCCAAGCUUUUUGUGAAACCCAGAUGAAAUUUACUGGCAAGCAAUCAUUUUUGUCAUUCAGUCAGAGGCCUGUUUUUACUGUUUUAUUUCCUGUUAAGUUUCAUUAAUAUGUACUGGUGAACCCAGUUUCUGUAAUGAUGAAGUAUGUUAUGAAUAAAGUAAUUCAAUAAUA